GAUAAAUUAAGUCAAAAUAAUUGGGCAUUGUAAUCUACUCACUAAUUGUCCCAUUGACCUUUGGAAUAAAAAUGCUACCUUGGAGAAGCAAAAAAUGAAUUCGACACUUGGGGGAUAUAGCUCUUCCCCCAAGUCACACGCACAACACAAAGCCUUCUUCGUUCAUCAUCAAACCCAUAUGGAUUUUACUAGCCCGGUUGAUUCUUUUUGGAGCAAGUUUACAUCAUAGGUUUUUCCGUCGUGGUUCUCGUCGUGCUUAUGAUCAUCUCCUAUAUUUCUUACAAGUGUAAUCGAUCCUGGUCUUCCGAUGAUCAUCAUCAUACGGCCUCAAGUUCCUCUCUUUCCCUCCCGCCGGUUCACUCAAUCAUCAUAGCCCCACAAGACGGCGGCGGCCGCGGAGGUUUAGAUGAUUCGGCACUUGUAAACUACCCGAAGUUUUUGUAUUCUCAAGUGAAACAGGUGAAAGGGUAUGAUCAGGUGGAAGAAGGAGAAGAAGAAGACGCGAAAAAUGGUGUGGGGACAUCGGGGUGCUCGAUUUGCUUGGGAGAUUACAAAGAUUCCGACAUGCUGAGGUUGUUGCCGGAAUGCGGACAUCUAUUUCACCUGGGAUGUAUUGAUCCUUGGUUGAAGCUUCGCCCCACUUGCCCUAUUUGCCGCUGUUCAUCCCCGGUGGUUACUCCUCUCGCCGACGUCGUUCCCUUGUAUCUACAACAUCCUAACUCCUGAAGACGAUUUUCUCUCUUAGAUAUUCCUUACAUUCUUUUUAUUACUGAUUUUGCUUUACAAAUUGUUGUAUAAAAAAACCAAAGAAAAAGUUUUUAAGGUAUACUAUCUUUCAAGAUAUUUUCAUUAUUUUUAGAUAUCGUGACAAAGUCAGUAAACGUGACUAAUUCUCUAGUUGAUUUGUAUUUUUCGUAUUAUUAGAUCACCUUAGGAAGGUCACAAUACUUCAAUUCAUAAUGUUAUAGGUGUACAAUUUAGUCAAUCAGAUUUCGUAGGUACGUAAUUGCCCUGCAAUUGGGAUGCUGGAUUCUAAGGGGUGUGUUUUUUUUUUUUUCUUUCUUUCUUUGUUCUUUCGUGGGAGAGUUGCAUUGAUUCAUAUAAUAUAUGAGAGUAUAUUAUUUUGUUGUAUACAUUUGACUUUUGGUGUGUG